ACGCUGCCAAAGGAUUUCGACGUUCGCGAAAAGUGGCCCAAGUGCGCGGCGCUCGUGAGCGAAGCACUGGAUCAGGGCGAGUGCGGUAGCUGUUGGGCAGUCGCGCCGGCGAAAGUCAUGGCCGACCGUUUGUGCAUCGCGACGAACGGGGCGGUGGCGUCGCACCUGUCGGCGAUGCAGUUGUUGUCGUGCGGCAAGCUCGAAAACGGAACCUUCGACGCGGGUUCGACUUACAGUGGUAGCUGUGACGGUGGAUUCCCGAACGAAGCCUACGAAAAGGCUCGAACGAGCGGUAUCGUCUCGGGUGGUUUGUUCGGUGACGACAAGACGUGCAUGCCAUACGCGUUCGCGCCGUGCCAACAUCCAUGCAACCCGAACCACGUCGCGCAAUGCCCGACGACGUGUCGAAAUAAGAACGUGAAUUUGAGCUCUCAGCGCUACGAGGUUACUUCGCUCGUGACGUGCGGCACGAAUGAUUUCAAUUGUAUGGCGCUCGAAUUGUUCUACCACGGUCCGGUGUCUUCGUACGUCGGGGACGUAUUCGACGAAUUUUACAAGUAUAAAUCGGGCGUGUACUCGCUGUCAAAGGACGUCGCCGCGCGAGGGGAAAACCACGGCGGGCACGUCAUGGAGGUUAUCGGCUGGGGAACGACGGAGAGCGGCACGCGGUAUUGGAAAGUGUACAACUCGUGGUUGAAUUGGGGUGAUCAAGGGUACGGAAAAAUCGCGGUCGGC